GUUUUCUUUGUGAGAAGGUACUUAUCGACUUUAUUUUACGCCAGGCUGGUCUAGGCUAUUCAAUCCAUCUAGGGCCUAGGCGAGUCGACCAUGAGAAUAUAAGGGGUCUAGGCUAGGUAUUUUAACAGAUUCCUUAGCAUAAUGAAUACCCCAAUGGAUACAAACAGAAGUCUUUUACUGGAACAACCAGGGAGUGAAGAGGAAGAAAGACUUUACAAAGAACUGUUGUUACAGGCUUCACAGAUGCAUUCCCUGGAGUCAAAUCAACCUGCAUGUAACUUGGUACAACCAGAACCAGGGAUGUGCCUGAAAACCAAAGAUCUCCAUGGUAACAAGGUUUUUAUUAACAUAUGCCAGUCAAUUGAAAUGCCAUCACCUGUGGAUGUUACAGAGGAGGAGUUGACAGAGGUGCUAGAGUCUGAAGAGCCAGGUGAUUACAGGGUACCCAUGAGCCUAGGUGAAGCUCACGCAGAAAUAGAUAAAGCUGGUCAAGGUUGCACAGCGUAUGAUGUGCUCAUCAGUCGGGAAUUCUAUGCCAAGAUAAACAAGAGCAACCUGUUCAAGGGCUUCUUCAUUACAGUUAUAUAUGAAGGAAUUGAAAACAAAUUCAAGGUAGCAAUUGAUAAACAGCAUGCCUGGACCAUCUUGAAGAACCGCAAAAGCAUGGGCCCUCUACAACAACAUUACAUCCGAACAAAAUCAAAGCCAAGGAUUUUAGAAAUGGAUUCAGCAGAAGAAAUGUCACCGCAAGCAUCACAAGGAGUAAAGAAAUUAAUUAUGGAGGUCGAUGAUGAUGAAGCUAACAAGACAUCGAUCCCUGAACCAAAAUAUGAAAUAAUGCGAGAACCAAUUGACGGGCAUCCAGAGUUCUUAGUAGUGGAGGUGCAGCUACCAAAUGUGAAAACAUCCAAAUCACUUAUCCUGGAUUUAGGUGAAGAUCGGAUCCUACUGAAAGCUAGGCCUAAUGUAUACCAUCUAGAUAUUUACCUUCCAUUUGAUAUGGUUCAAGAUGAGUGCGGUGCUCAGUUCAACAGAGAUAAUAAGGUGUUAACCCUCACGCUACCUGUCAAGCCAAUUUGAACCAAUCUCAAGAAGGCAACAACAGACACCUGGAUUUGUUGAUUAUUCUGUUGGAUCCAAUGACAUCCAAUGGGAGAAGAUACUUGAAGAUUAAGUAAAAUUUCAAGCAACUGACGAUGAUUUGUAGCUACAGUGUAAUUAUAAAAAUAAUUGUGAAGCUACAGUUUCAAACUGAAAUCUCUGCUUUAAUGGGCCUAAACUUGCGAAAAAUGGUGGCUUUGGGCCAGCUAGAGUGAACAUGCAGAUGAUUUCAAAUUGACAGCCAACCUGGCCCUGUUUCAUCUCUACACUGGAAGUUGUUUUGGGCUAGCUUGAUGCCAGCUUCAUGCAAGUGUAAAUAUUACUGGACUUGUGCCUAGCUUAAGAGUAUGAGGUCAUGGCUAAAAUUAAUUUCUUGAACACAAGUCAUAGCCAUUUUAGAAAAAAUAAGUGAAUGGCAGUUUUUAAUCUUGUUGGUCUUCUUUCCUUCAUCCACAUCAAUGAAAUAGGUUCACAAUAAUCUUUAAUUUCUUUCUGCUGUACAAACCAAUACUCGAAAUAUAUAAAGAAAAGGUUUUGUCUACAAACUACACACAAUGUAGUCAAUGUAAUCACUCAUGAAAUACAGUAGUAGUUGUGGACAAUUCCACCAUGUCUAACAUUCUUGGCUGCUACAUUUGAACUGAAGCCUAAACCACAGUAAACAGAACAAUGAUUAUGCUAAUUAUUAAGUAGCAUUAUGCAUUUAUAAUGCUGAAAUAUCUUGCAUACUAUAUAUUGUUACAUUUGUUUAUCAUUUGUCUACUUUGGCUAGAUCCAUAUACAGUACCAUUAGAGGUCAGUAAAACAUUAAUUAAAGGACAAUAUAUGCAAAAGCAUUUUCAAUAAUAAAACUGGCAAGAAUUCUGCUUUAAAAAUAAACACAAACAUAUAUGAAAGACACUAUGUGGUAGGUAUGAAGAAUCCUUACAUUGUUCUGAAACACAUCCAGGAACUUCAUGAACUAGCUGCCACUAAAAACGGAAAUGUCUUGGAGAAACUGAUCAGAAAUUUAUAUUUGUGUAAAAACUUUCUGCAGUAUAAUUAGUGUAUAAAACAUCACGAAAACAAAUUGAGUAGAUCCUUGAUACAUAUUUUCAUCUGACCUUGUUUGUAAUACCAAUCCAAUUUCAUAGGUUAAGUAUAGCUAGUUCCUGAAACACUUGUGUUCAAGGAAAUUUAAAUACAGUAUCAAUAAACUGUCCAUGUUAGUUGCUUCAUUUGUGAAUUUGGUCCACGAAACUCUUCCAGAGCUUGUCUUGAUCGUUCUGGAAUAUAAUGUAAACAGAUCCAUUGAGUCAAUAUAGAAUUUCUUAGGUGUACAAGAAUAAAAAUAAAACACAAUGUAUAUGUACUAUUAUAUCCAA